AUGUGCGUUGAGCACAAAUCUGUUUGUCCAGUCUGUCGGAGACUAUACCUCGUCUAUGUCGCCUUCUGCCACGAAUACCAUCCUCCCCUUCUGGAGUGUCCCAAGGGUCUUGUAGUUCGCCCAAUGCAGAUGCUCGACGGUCGAUGUCCAAGUCCUGUCUGUCCAAACAGCCGAGUGGGAGGCUGUCUGGUCAUUUAG